AUGGAAGUGUACAUGGGGGAAGACCAGAUUCUCAUCACGAGUGGCAACACUCGCAUUCCCUUUCAUUCCAUUGUGGAUCACACGAGCACUACAAGUACGAGCCAGGAAGAAGAUGAAUUCUUGCUUUCCAUAACCAACUAUGAUGGAGAAACCUUUGUGUUUCAAAUGGAAACCCAGGAGGAUUUGCAUAGUAUUCAAGACUCUAUAUCCAAGGUGGUUGCCAAGGCUGCAAGAGCCAGUGAAGCUUGUCGAUGUGAACCCCCCAACCUGGUUGUGGCCAUGAUGGACGAAUCCCACACCACUUGCAGUCAUGAAGACAUGGAACAAGUACGAGAAAUGACACGGCAAAUGGAUCGACAAGCCAAGCGACGACGAUCCAGGAGAUCUUUUGCUAGCACUGCAGUGGGAGCCACUUCGGUACAUGAAGCUGCUGCAGUCCAUCCUCGAAAAGCCACUCAUCCUUCCUUUCCAUCUGAAAAGUUUCGUCGUUCGGCGGCACCACAACGAACGGCACCACCUCAUCUUGUUGUGGAAGCAGCAAUGCCACCACCGGCAGAAAUAGAAGACAGCAGUAAGCCACCUGGGGCCUAUAGGGAUCCUGGGCCGCCCAUUGGAUUACCUCUUCCACAGCAGAGUUCACCACCCAUUAUUAUAGACUAUGAGGAGGAAGAGCCACAACUAUCCAACCACCAAGAGGAUCCCUUGAUUGAAGCUUCCUUGGUUCCAGAUGACGAUGAAGAAGACCAACGGCACUAUGAGUUCCAGGAUGAACGCGUGGUGUUGGUGCAAGCCCACAGGGCGGGCCUCUCGGACUACUUGCAAAACAGAAACCUCCAAAUAUUCAUUGUGGGCCUCAUUUGCCUCUUUGCCAUCAUCAUUAUUGUUACAGUCUUGGCUGUUGUCUUGGCCACCGGCAAUCAAGGAGGCGGAGAAACCAACACACCCGCACCAAACACAACAGUGGCACCCAUUCCUACGGUAACUUCCAGCCCCACAAUGGCUCCCACCAACACCAACACCACUCCUCCACAUGCAACCACCAGCAACUACACUCCUGUUUCCCUGUCACCAACACCCACGCCACUUGACAUUGACGCCCUGUUGCGCGAGUGCAACUUGUCGGCUGCCAUUAUAAGUAGUCCCCUGGACGUGGACUCAUACCAAUCAGCAGGUUGUUUUGUGGAUGUCGACACCCUCGACUUGGAUCAGCUCACCUGUGGUCCCGGCCAGGCACCUUUGGAAUGCAGUCUCCGCUGCCCAACACGCUUCUUUGGAAUUCCCAUUGGCACAACCACAUGUCGAUGCUUUUCCCAAAUCAAGAGUGACCGUAUUGGUCUGCAAGAGUGCAUUCCUGGUAGUGGCAAUAUGGAUCUCUUUGUCAAUCAGUCUCCUCGCAGAACGCAGUGUGAGGAUCCAAUGGCCCGAGCCGUGGUGGAGUUUCUAUUGCAGCAAAGAAGCCAUGCCACCUGGGGCUUUGACAUUGUCACAAACCAAUGGAAAGAAAGCCCCUUUGAGCUGUACGCUAAAGGAUGCCAUACCAAUGUCUACGAUGUGACGGUCCUCGAUGAGGAGGAGGAAGCAACAUCAACGCGGGAAACAUCUGUUAUGGAUGUGACCAAUUAUGCCACACAACGACGCGGUGAACGUUCAGUUUCCAUUCUCUAUGAGGAAACGAGUGAAAUCUCUGUCCUGGCAGAGCAAAUGGAGAUUUUGGCCAAACAAGUCAGUGGUGUGGCUGACCCACUGCAAUGCAAUAUAUUUUUCUAUUUGUGGGAUGACGAUCCCCACAGCAAGGUAUUCACCACGUCGGCAGUGAAACGAUUGGCCAAGGUGGAGGUCACAAACUUUUCAGAAAAGACCAGUUUUGCAACCUUCUCACCUUCUUUUCGGCAGAGUCUUCUCAUGUACUUGUACAGUGGAUUUCAGAAAGAAAUGGCAUUCGAUAUCUUUGAUCGCUAUGGUUCCUUCGCCGUGGUGCGGUCCAUGAUGGGAGCCUUCAUGGAGCUCCGUUUGCCACUCGAAAGCAGUCAAUAUGACAACACAUUUGACAGCAUUGUGCAUGCCCAAUCUUGUUUUGAGAUUGCUACACAAGAGGAGGCCAGUAGACUUGGCUUUCCGAGUGCCUCAGGCACCAUUGAUGACACCACCUGUUCUCCCAACAUUAUUCGGGCAUUGCAAGAGUUGCGAUCUGAGUAUCACAACUUAAUGGAUGAGCCGGCGACUGUUGGCGGGGAAACAGAAUGCCAGCUCAAUGCCACCGAAUGUCAUUUCAGUGUGGACAUUUCGACUUCACAACCCCUUACUGCCAAGGACAAAUAUCCAUUUGAGAAGCUAGAAUCUUGUGACUGCGAGGAAUCUGACUAUCCAUCGUACAUCGAAACAUUUGACUGGGUCCAAUUCUGCCCAACGAGGACGUGCCGGGCCCAGGGUUCGGGACAUGUUGAAGGGGCAGGGCAAGUAGGACGUGAUGAUACUCCUGCCAACGAGUCGUCCAUUACCUUGACACGCCCACCCACCAAUGAGUCAACGACACAAUCUCCUACUUCAUCGGUGGAAUCUACUCUCCCUCCCAUGUUGCCUCCUCCUGGUUCUGCUUCUGACUCUCCAGUGACUGACAUCCCUGAAACUAUCCCUCCAGAUACCAAUAUUCCAACCAUGGCAGGUACUGCACUGCCAGGCACGGCAAUGCCCACCACUACUCCUCCAGGUUGCAAUGGUGUACCACAUGAGACUCUUUUGAAUCUGACCACCCCAACUGAUGCAGGCUCGAGUGAUGGAGACACCUUUUGUGAGGACCUACUCGGUAUCGCGUGCAUGGAAGGAGCAGGGUUUCAAACCUUCAACAGUUUCCAGGGAUUGACGUCCCAAUGGUUCCAAGCAGAAGCAACAGUUGGUUCUCGCUGCAACCGCGAUAUCAAACAUCGUGUAACCUUGGAAGUUCCAGAAGGGGUCAACUAUGACUUGAAAGUGUAUCAAGGGACGCAGACAAACUUGUAUGAUUCCUCCACACAUGGUGGAGGAAUCGUGGAUGAUGUUACCAUUGUCAUGAGGAAUGCUGGAUAUUCCUACUUUGUGUUUGUUGAGUUUGUGGGAGGAUCAUCUUGUCAACCAUGGACUCUAACAUUCGAGCACUUCUCAUGCUAA